AUGUGCCCGUUCCGUCACCUGACCGGGGAGAAGACGGUGGUCUGCAAACACUGGCUGAGGGGACUCUGCAAGAAGGGCGACCAGUGCGAGUUCCUGCACGAGUACGACAUGGGCCGCAUGCCCGAGUGCUACUUCUACUCCAAGUUUGGGGAAUGCAGCAACAAGGACUGUCCUUUCCUGCAUAUCGACCCGGCAUCCAAAAUCAAAGACUGCCCGUGGUACGACCGAGGAUUCUGCAAGCACGGACCGGCAUGUAAACAUCGACAUACCCGCAGGGUGAUGUGCACCAACUACCUGGUCGGCUUCUGCCCUGAAGGCCUCCGAUGUAAAUAUGUACAAAAAAACUUAAAAAUAAUUAAAAAAAAUUAA